CCGACGCGCACGCAUGAAGACCAAGGGCCAAGCCACGGAGGAGGCGGCGCGCCGCGCGCCGGCCACGCGGCGCCAAGAGAAGCCCCCGUUUUCCUACAUAGCCCUCAUCGUCAUGGCGAUCCGACACUCGCCCAACAAGCGUCUGACCCUCAGCGAAAUAUACGCGUUCCUGCAACAGCAAUUCGCCUUCUUCCGGAGUCCGUACCAGGGGUGGAAGAACUCGGUGAGGCACAACCUGAGUCUGAACGAGUGCUUCGUCAAACUGCCGAAGGGGCUUGGCAGGCCCGGGAAGGGACACUACUGGACGAUUCAUCCGUCGUCGGAGUUCAUGUUCGAAGAGGGUUCGUUUCGGCGGAGACCGCGGGGUUUCCGGCGCAAGUGUCAGCCUCUGAAGCCGCAGUUCGAGAGUGGGGGCUACCUGUGCGGCGGCGGGGUGGGCGCGCUGCCUGCGCCGCAGCCGGCGAGCUACGAGCUGGCGAGCGGCAGCGGCGUGGUGGGCAGCGCGCCGGCCAUCGAGUACGGCACCUGCGCCUACACGUCCAGCCAGCAGCUGAGCUACAGCGGCGAGUACUGCGCGUACGGCGGCAUGGAGCGCGAGUGGCCGCUGGCGUACGGGCCCGUGGAGACGGCCUACCGCCCGCCGCCAGCCGCCUCGCCGCCGCGCCAGAUACAAGACAUCAUUCCUUCCUACCAAUACGCUGUCACCAACGACCACGGUGCAGCGCCAAUGUUUCCCGGAAUGCGCGGUGUCCACGGACAGAUGCUGUCAGGCGGUUCGUUGGUGGGCGGUUCUAUCGGCGGGCUGGGUGGCUUCGGCCACCACAUGUCGUCGCCGCUGCCCGCACCGACCCCCGACCGCAAGCCCCCCACCCCGCUGUCCUCGCUGCAACCCUCUGCAGCCAUCGCGCCAACGUCGGUACCAUCGACGACAUCAACACCUUGGAUUUGAAAACUUAUUCAAUUCAAACUUCUUAUUGAAAUAUUAAGAAGAAUUCCAUUACGUCACGUCUAUAACAAUCAAGGUCUUGUAAAAAUUAGAGGUUCUAAAUCACAAAAAUGAAUUUUGAACUUCUACAUGAAAUUAUCACAAUUAGUUUUAAUUAAUUAAUUAGUUAUUAAAAAAAUAUUUUAUCGUAUUAUAAAAAAUCUAGGUGACGAUAAACGUUCGUUUAAAAAUGAAACAUAAAUGUUUAGUGUAACUAUUUUUGCCAUUAUGGAUUAUAUAAGUAUAAUAACCAUUAGAAUACAUGUAGUGUAUUAAAUUGUUAAACUAACACAUUGUGCUUGUCUAUGAAUAGACACAAGACGUAAUUUUUAGUCACUUUCCAGAGCUACGUACAAUUUUUUUGCUUCAAACACUGCAAAAGCAUGAUGUGUUAGGUGUUCAAAAGUAAUUGAUGAGUUGAGAAAAUUAAAUAAAUCUAUUGGUAUAUCAGCAUCUUAUUUUAUGUUUUUAUUCAAUUUACUCAUAAAAAAACUAUUUUUUAUCAAAAUCUUAAUACGUUCAACAUCUACAAGGACCUCCGCGGCUUCGGCAAGAUUAUCUCUAUAAGUUCUGGACGGAUUUUUAUGCAGUUUCCAGCAUUAGAUAGAAUUUUUGAUGAGAAAGGUUUAGAUAUAUAAUUUGUCAAGAAUUUGUAAAUAUGUUGAGAUAAAUUACGACGAAGAUUGUUUGAUGUUUUGGAAUAGUGAAGAACUUGGAGAUUUCAAUAAAAACGCUCCCUAAUACCUUCGAGAUAUAACAAAACACUGCACGAUGGGAUCGUGUUAGACUGAAGGCACAGGAUGCGUUGCGGCGCCGCAUCGGAUAGAUUUCACCGUAUCAUAGGGCACACGAGCGGUGCGGCGCCGUAGCAGGGUUGGACAGUCUGUAAAUCCUUGUGACACACAACUGAGCGGUGCCGCUCCGACGUCGUAACGCAUUCACCCCUCACCGUCUCAUCUCGGUGGUUGCAAGUCCGGUGCACCGCAACGCAUCGUGUGACAUGCCACAGAUAUUUCUGUGUAAGACGAGGCAGCGACACCGCUACACAUCGCAUAUCAAAAGUUCGCGAUAAAUACAUGACACUCGCUGUCAUUUACCUUAAAUCUGGUGAUAGCCAGACCUUUGUUUUUUAUUAGAAAAUAAAAGAUUGUCAAGUAUGAAGUUCCUAAAGCCACUACAUGGCCACCAAAGAAUAGCAAACCAAAUCUAUAGUUUCAUAAGUCUAAAAUUUGGCUGUGGCUGCACUUGCAUUACAGAUUUUUCUAAAACUAUGAGUCCUUGCACAUUUUCAUUUCUCUUGCAUAGGGAAACAACAAAUAUGUGCGAUCAAAAACGUAGCAAACAGCAAAAUUAAGUGCGCAUAUAGCAAUGUCGUCAA